AUGCAAGAAGCAGAGCUCAUGCUUUGUUUGAUAGUGCAAAUCUCACUGAGGUCAACGUCACUCAAGCGGAUGAUUGGUCACAUGUCCAUAUUCAAGCAACUGAUCAGGAGUCGGGCGGUGCAACCUGAGGUUGUGGUGGCUGGCCUUCAACAGCCGCACGUUAACCAUGAGCUACAUCCUAUGGAAUUGUCAAGGCCUCGGGCCGAACUUGACAGUUCGUACCCUCCGGGGUUUGGUUCGUAA